AAAAAAAAAAAAAAAAAAACUCAGUUGACAAAAAAGUUUAUUUUUCUCGACUUUUUUUCCCUCCUCCAGACAUGACAGAUACCACAUUUGCCACACGAAAACACCAAGUGGUUUCUUCACUUGUGGAAACACUCGAUUCCGAACGCCGAGACAAAUCACCAAAAGGAUUCAUCGAUGCACCCAUUCUCGAAUUGAUCCAUACCAUCAACAAACACCCCCACUAUUAUACCACCAGCAGUUGUUCUGGCCGAGUUGCAGUCUAUUGUGAAAACCGCCACAAUGACGAUACCUCAACCAACAAAGGAGGGAUUUGGCUCUAUGUGACGCAUGACCCAGUCACCAUUCCAGAACAAGCUGACAAUGACUGGAUUGUCAAGUUGUUCUUUGGAACGGAUCGACGGGUUGUGUUUUCUAAUAGUAGUCAUAACACGAGUGUGUCACCGCAAGAGAUUAUGCACAAGCAGAUGAUUUAUUUCAAGUUUGAGCCAUUGAUUUUACAUGUCGAAGCCGAAACACAGGAAGCAUGCAUGCGAUUAAACGGUCUAGCAUACCAAGCAGGAUAUCAAAACAGCGGCAUCACAGCUUCUCGAACGCGCGAAAUGCUUGCUAUUCGAAGCACACACAAAAUUGAUACACCAAUUGGUUAUGUAGAUACCAAAAGUGGUGAUAUCAAAUGUCUGGUGGACCCGACCUAUCUGUUCUUGUUGCUCCACAUGUCAAAUGCCAAAUUCACGCAAAACGCCGAACGCAUGAAAGCAUUUGAGGAAAUGAUGCUGAAAGAGGUGGAAGUGAAAGAUGCAGUAUCAGUAGCAGAAACAAAGGAGGAACGAAGGGAACGGAAGCGGAAAGAAGGUCUAGCAAAAGCUGCCACAGUUAGUAACAACAAGGAAAAGAUCAACACCGAUGUUGAUUUAGCGGAUCUUAGUUUAGAGCAAUAUUGAUGAUAAAACAAGAUCGAGAAUGUAUAGAAAGAAAGAACAGGCGAGGCAUAUAUGUUGUUAUUUAGUUGCAGGUUACAGGGUGGUGGCUGUGGUGUGUGGGUGUGUAU